AUGUCAGACGGAGUGUUUGCAAACAAUGCGAUCUCGGUGGCAUUGGUCGGGAAUGAGCCACUUUGGGCAUACAUUGCGAUGUUACCACCUGGAAAAAAGGCCAUCGGUACCACGAAAGAGCGAUGGAACUGGCUUGAAGAUGAGGUCCAUGCCACCAGCCUUGUUGUCCUACAGGCAAGCGGAUCUGGUGGAUAUCCGGGAGCCUUUGGUGUAGACACCACUGGAACAAUCGGUACCUAG